GGAAUGAAUGGCUGAGAUUCAGGAUGUUAUGAACAUAACAUAAACGACAGAUCUUGAUAAUGCUAAGUAAUCGGAGAAUAAGAUUCGGAAAUCUGCAGCAUUGCAUUAUUAAUGUCAUAUUCUGUACAAUGAGUUAAAGAAAUAGGAGUCAUUGUUGCUUACAGAAACAUGGCUAAUUCUCUUGAAGUUGUGCAGAGGAGGCAGAAGGAUUAUUUGCAAUCCGAUGGAGAUAUUUCUGGCUAUGAGGAAGAAUUUGAAAAUCUUUUUAAAGAGAUGCAAGCCUUUGGAUAUGGGUGUUCAGCUCAGAAAAUGAUGCCAUAUCAGUUAUCUGGGCUUUGUUUGGACCCCUAGCAUCAACAUGUGCAAAUAUUCUACAGUGGCCUCGAGCUCAUUUCAGUUCAUUUACUUUCACUGCAUGAUGCUUUUAACACCAUGUAAAAUCAGUUUUCACAUUGUAGAGGUGAGUGUCCCUAAUGGCAUUAAUUUCGUUGUUGUGGUAAAAUUAAAUAUUGAUUCUUAUAAUUCAGAAUAGAUGUUUUAACUUUUGUAUUUUAAUCCAUCACCCUUGCAAGUCCUUUCAUUUGUCAGAACUAGCAGUGAGAGCAUGUUCAAGGGAGUGAACCCCAAAUAUUACCUCAGACCAGCAAGACUCCUUGUAGUGGAUGUUUUAUAUCAGGGAAUUGACUGUUGCUUUGAUAUUUUAUAUUGAAAGUAAAUGUGUUGAUGGGAUUGUAAUUGUUCAACAUUUAAUUGAGAAUGCAUCUUGCAUUGUAUAAAGUUUUAAGUUUUAAAAAUAUAACGAAUUUUAUAAAUGUU